AUGUGGUUACAUCGGGCUUCCUCGACCGCAACCCCUUCCAUUGCUCCUCUUUCCGCUCUGCUCCUAUCGGUAGUUUCCAUAAACGCUGCAAAACAUAACGACUCAGUUCGUAAUAUUCAUAUACCUCAGAUUGGGUUAGGCACUUGGCUCUCUGACAGAAAGAAGGUUUCCCAUGCUGCCAAAUACGCCUUGAACUCAGGAUAUCGCCACAUUGAUACCGCUCUCAUCUACCGAAAUGAAGACGAAAUUGGUAAAGGUAUAGCUUCGGCGGGCGUUCCUCGAGACGAUAUUUGGGUCACAAGUAAGCUGUGGAACGAGCACCACCGCCCCAAGUAUGUUGAGACGGCAAUCAAGAAGUCACUAUCAGACCUUGGCCUCGAGUACUUGGAUCUCUAUCUCAUACACUGGCCAGUUGCCUUUGUCCCUGGCAAGGGUACCACGAUAGACGAACAGACAUCGAUCAUCGACACCUGGCGGGCCAUGGAAGGCCUUGUGCGAGCCAACUUGACCAGGUACAUCGGCAUUUCCAAUUUCGCCAAGAAGGACGUCGAGAUGAUCCUGGACAUAUGUACGAUACGCCCAUACGCCCACGAGUUUGAGACGCAUCCUUACCUGCAGCAACAACAAUUCGUCGAUUAUCACAAGGACAAGGACAUAAAGGUGAUCGCAUACUCGCCGCUUGCAAACACGAAUCCAAUCUACCACAGCGGUCUCGCGCCAAUCAUGGAAGAUCCGUUCUGGAAAGAGCUGGCUCUCAAGAAGCAGGCGACGGUCCCCCAAGUCGUGCUGGCCUGGGGCCUCCAGAGAGGCACCGUUGUGAUCCCGAAGAGCGUCCACGAGGAAUACAUCAAGGAGAAUCUCGACGCGCUGAAAAUAGAGCUUACGCAGGCUGAGAUGGAUGCCAUCCUCAAGCAAGAUAAGAAGAAGAGGAUGAACGACCCUGGCAAGAGCUGGGGCGUAAAGCUGUUCGUAGACUUGGACGAUCCUACGGAUCUGGAUGAGGGCGAGAAAGGCAAGGAGCUGUGAGC